AUGGCUCUGGCCCGGGCCGGCUGGCCGCUGGGGGCCCUGGUGUGGGGCACCUGCCUCGGCGUCCUGGUGCACGGGCAGCAGAUGCAGCCGGGGCAGGGCUCAGACCCGGGGCGCUGGCGGCAGCUGAUCCAGUGGGAGAACAACGGGCAGGUGUAUAGCCUACUCAACUCGGGCUCAGAGUACGUGCCGGCCGAGCCUCAUGGCGCCGAAAGUAGCUCCCGGGUGCUGUUGGCAGGCGCUCCCCAGGCUUCGCAGCGGCGCCGCCAUGGAAGCCCCCGGCGUCGGCAGGCCCCGUCCUUUCCCCUGCCCGGGCGCAUCGGCUCGGACACUGUGCGCGGCCAGGCGCGGCACCCAUUCGGCUUCGGCCAGGUGCCCGACAACUGGCGCGAGGUGGCCGUCGGGGACAGCACAGGCAUGGCCCGGGCCCGCACCUCCGUCUCCCAGCAACGGCAUGGGGGCUCCGCCUCCGCCUCGGCUUCGGCCUUCGCCACCACCUACCGCCAGUCGCCCUCCUUUCCGCAGCAGUUCCCUUACCCGCAGGCGCCCUUCGUCAGCCAGUACGAGAACUACGACCCCGCCACGCGGACCUACGACCAGGGCUACGUGUACUACCGCAGCGCGGGCGGCGGCGUGGGCGCGGGGGCGGCGGCCGUGGCCUCGGCGGGGGUCAUCUACCCCUUCCAGCCCCGGGUGCGCUACGAGGAGUACGGCGGCGGCGAGGAGCAGCCCGAGUACCCGCCCCAGGCCUUCUACCCGGCCCCAGAGAGGCCCUACGUGCCGCAGCUGCAGCCGCAGUCCCCCGACGGCCUGGACCGCCGCUACUCGCACAGCCUGUACAACGAGGGCACCGUGGGCUUCGAGCAGGCCUACCCGGACCCAAGCCCAGACGCGACGGCGCAGGGCAACGGCGGUGCCUACGGCGGCGACCCUCGCCUUGGCUGGUACCCGCCCUACGCCAACGUGCCACCCGAGGCCUACGUCCCGCCGCGGGUAGUGGAGCCGCAGCCUCCCUUCCGCGUGCUGGAGCCGCCCUACCUACCCGUGCGCAGCUCUGACGCGCCCCCGCCCGGCGGGGAGAGGAACGGCGCGCAGCAGGGCCGCCUCAGUGUGGGCAGUGUGUACAGACCCAACCAGAAUGGUCGCGGUCUUCCUGACUUGGUCCCAGAUCCCAACUAUGUGCAAGCUUCCACAUACGUCCAGAGAGCCCAUCUGUAUUCCCUGCGCUGUGCUGCGGAGGAGAAGUGUCUGGCCAGCACAGCCUACGCCCCCGAGGCCACUGACUAUGACGUGCGGGUGCUGCUACGUUUCCCCCAGCGCGUCAAGAACCAGGGAACGGCGGACUUCCUCCCUAACCGGCCUCGGCACACCUGGGAGUGGCACAGCUGUCACCAACACUACCAUAGCAUGGACGAGUUCAGCCACUACGACCUGCUGGACGCAGCCACGGGCAAGAAGGUGGCCGAAGGUCACAAGGCCAGCUUCUGCCUGGAGGACAGCACCUGUGACUUUGGCAACCUCAAGCGCUACGCAUGCACCUCUCAUACCCAGGGCUUGAGCCCAGGCUGCUAUGACACCUACAAUGCAGACAUCGACUGCCAGUGGAUUGACAUAACUGACGUGCAGCCCGGAAACUACAUCCUCAAGGUGCACGUGAACCCUAAGUACAUUGUUUUGGAGUCAGACUUCACCAACAACGUGGUGAGAUGCAACAUCCACUAUACAGGUCGCUACGUUUCGACAACAAACUGCAAAAUUGUCCAGUCCUGAUCUCAGAGCGGACGGACAGACAACCAAUCUCUCCCCUUCCCAAAGCAGGCCCUACUCCCCAGGCAGCUUCCUGCCAGAAUAAACCUGGCCCAAGGGGCCCAGCCCCCCAACCCACAGGCAGGGGAAGCUGGACGUCAGGGGCAUCCCUCUCCGCCGGCCUCAGGGAGCGCACGUGGACCAAACCCACAGGGAUUCCAGAUGCCAACCCCGUUUUUGUACUUAACUUUUCUCUGAAACUUUGUUUUGUUGGUUGUUGGUUUUUGUUUUUUAUAUUUUGGCCAUACCACAGAGCAAGAUUGCCCAGGUUUGGGCUGAAUAAAACAAGGUUUUUCUA